AAACUUUAAAACAGCCUCUCCGGCGAAGCAGAGGGUAAGGUUGUGUACAUUUGUCCCUCCUAGACCUUGCUGUAAUGGAAGCUUCUUGCAUUUUUUUUUUAAUGAUCAUUAAUUAGAAACUAUUAUAUGACCAUCGUUCUUUGACCUACAUGGAUGAUCAAAUAACCGGCAGUUAGGCACAUUGUAGCCAACAAUAUGAUCACCAUCCCAUGGUCGAUGUCAACAAUUUCUUCUUCCAUGCCUAGCUUCAUGUGCACUUUAAUUUUAUAAGUUACAAUGGUUAUUGGACUGUAUGCAAGCUCCAUGUUCUUGGACAUAGUAGGCUAUUACUCUAGUUUGGCUCUUCAAAUUUGUUUUGUUCUUACAAUCACACAGGUUGAGCACAACAUCAGUAUAAAAAAAAAUUAAGUAAAUAAACCUCAAAAGGCUAUUCUACCACUAAAGCAAUUCUUCUUGGUUUUUAGUGCUAGUCUAUAAUUAAGUUAGUUCGCGGUACAAAAAGAUAUUUGGUCUUAGUUUUGGUGGGAUAUCAACUGGUUGAAUUAUAAACUUUCAUGACCUUAUUUUCCCAAUCCUAUUAUAGAAGGGAAAAAAAUAAAAUAAUUCACUUCUCUCUAGGUUUACAAAUACCUUCUAGGUUUUAAUAUUUUCUAAAAUACUCUUUAAGAUUUCAUUUCUUUGGUUAGCACAAAGGUUGCAUCUAAACUCCACAGGUAAGCCGUAGGGGUAUUGAUUAACUUGUCACUUAAAUUUCUUUUUAUGCAAAACAGAACAUUAAAAGAUAUUUUUAAAAAUACUAAAACCUAUAAAAGAGUAUUUAUGAAUUAUUCCAUUUCGCUAGUUGCAAGUACUUGGCUGCAACCAGGUAGUAGCCAAAAGUUUUCCACUUUCGGAUAACAGCUACAGUAAGAAACGACACCAUAUAAGGGACAACACGUUGGCAUCCAAGUGGACUGAGAAGCCUCUUCCUCUCUCAAUCUCACACAAACGCAGUGCAUAAGCUCAUGGUGGUCGACGCAGACGCAGACACAGACACAGCCGAGGAGGGACGAGGGAGGAGAUAGGAGGAAUAGGGAUCUUUAGAUAUUCCAUAUAGUAUUUCCUUAUUCUUCGAGAUCCUCUGGUUCGGUACGUCCAUGCUGAGUUCCUGCUAAGAUGAGAAACAUGGGGAGUGCCGUCUCUGCUAGAGGCGUCGCAGCCAUCGUAGGCAUUGGACCAAAGCUUGGCCGCUCUAUCGCCCGCAAGUUUGUCCACGAAGGCUACACCGUUGCCAUUCUCUCUCGUGACCUUGGAAGACUCUCAAGAUACGCAGACGAGAUUGCUAGAGAAGAGAAAGCGCAGGUAUUCGCAAUCCGCAUCGACUGCUCCGACUCUCGGAGCGUGAGAGAGGGAUUCGAAGGGGUUCUGUUCCUUGGGUUCGUGGAGGUUCUGGUCUACAACGCAUACCAGCCAGUCUCAUGGCAACCCACCAGCAUCGCCGACAUCAACGUCGAUGCAUUCCAGAAGUCAAUCAAUGUCUCCACCGUCGGCGCUUUCCACUGCGCUCAGCAGGUUCUUCCGGGCAUGGUGGAUAGAAGGAAAGGGACCAUUCUCUUCACAGGCUGCUCUGCUUCCCUCAAUGGCAUUCCUGGUUUCUCUGAUCAGAGCUCUGGAAAAUUCGCACUAAGGGGACUGUCGCAAUGCCUGGCCAAAGAGUUCCAACCUUUGGGCAUCCACGUCGCUCACAUUAUCAUCGACGGCAUCGUUGGCACACCUAAAUGGGCAUCAGUUUCGACAUCACAGAGAUCAUCGCAGCAUCAGAAGCAACAGCAACAGCAACAAAGUGGAGGAGGGGAGGAGUCGAUGGAUCCGGAUGCAUUGGCUCAGACCUACUGGUAUUUGCAUAUCCAAGACCCAUCCGGUUGGACCCAGGAGAUUGAUAUUCGAUCUCCCACCCAUAGAUAUUUCUGAAUUCUCACAUUUGAUUUCACCCACCCUCUUCUUAUAUUCUGUUCCUGUUAAUCACCUCUUAAUUGUUCUAUGAUAGUCAGUAGUUACUUCCUCAAGCAGCCUGCGACAUCCUUCGAAAUCGACCGGUCUCGGGUACAUUGUCUAAUACAGUGGUUCUGAGUGGUGUAUAGUCCUGUAAUAUGUACUCGCAACCUAAUGUCCAAAAAAUGGAAUAAUGAUGUAUGAUACC